AUGGUUGUAACUCAGGAAUGAACCGAACGAAACCAAUGAUAUCCAGUGGACAGGCAGACACGGUUCUAAGUUGUAACUCAUUCCAGGGGAAAUCAGGUUGUCCGAGGUCAGUUACAGAAAAUCGUUUUUGGGCAGUAAAAUCCUAGCAAGCAAAGGAAAAGUAUCAUUCAUUGUAUCAGGCGCUCACUGUCUUCUCUUUAUUCUUAAUAUAAUAUAUAUCUCUAUAUAUAUCGCCGUCUUCUCGUUCUGUAUCUCUAUUCUCUCCCUCUUUUGACUCUCUGGAAAAACGUGAGACCUAAGACAUGGCUCUGACAUCCCCAUCUCUGCUCUCCUCCAAAUCUCCUCUUCUCCCCCGCCACCAUUAUUAUUGCCACUCUCUCCUCCCCGCCAAACUCAAACCCAUCACAGCCAUCCAUUCCGCCGACCCAGCCAAGUCAACCAUAUCAACGGCGGCCUCGACCACCUCCCCAUCAAUCCCCAUUAAAUGGAGCCUUGACAGCUGGAAGUCCAAGAAGGCUCUCCAGCUUCCUGAAUACCCGGAUCAAAACGACCUCGUCUCUGUCCUCCAGACGCUGUCUUCGUUCCCUCCAAUCGUGUUUGCUGGGGAGGCAAGGAGCCUUGAAGAGAAGCUUGGACAGGCUGCUUUUGGCAAUGCUUUCCUGCUACAAGGUGGUGACUGUGCGGAGAGCUUCAAGGAGUUCAAUGCUAAUAACAUUCGUGACACUUUCAGGGUCCUUCUCCAGAUGGGUGUCGUCCUCAUGUUUGGUGGCCAAAUGCCUGUUAUCAAGGUGGGAAGAAUGGCAGGUCAGUUUGCAAAGCCAAGAUCAGAUCCCUUCGAGGAGAAGAAUGGGGUGAAGCUCCCAAGCUAUAGAGGUGACAAUAUAAAUGGUGAUUCUUUUGAUGAGAAAGCGAGGGUUCCAGAUCCCCAUAGGAUGAUCAGGGCCUAUUGCCAAUCCGUGGCAACUUUGAACCUUUUGCGGGCAUUUGCUACUGGAGGGUAUGCAGCCAUGCAGAGAGUCUCACAAUGGAAUCUAGACUUUACAGAGAACAGUGAGCAGGGGGACAGGUACCGUGAACUGGCUCACCGAGUUGAUGAGGCUAUGGGGUUCAUGGCUGCUGCUGGACUCACAGUUGGUCACCCUAUCAUGACAACUACAGAGUUUUGGACGUCUCAUGAGUGCUUGCUCCUGCCUUAUGAGCAGGCACUCACUAGGGAGGAUUCAACCUCUGGGCUUUACUAUGACUGCUCUGCUCACAUGCUUUGGGUUGGGGAGCGCACCCGCCAGCUUGAUGGUGCUCCUGUUGAAUUUUUAAGGGGAGUUGCUAAUCCUCUGGGCAUAAAGGUUAGUGAUAAGAUGGAUCCUAAUGAGCUAGUUAGGCUCAUUGAAAUUCUAAAUCCUCAGAACAAGCCUGGUAGGAUAACUGUCAUUGUAAGGAUGGGAGCUGAGAACAUGAGAGUGAAACUUCCCCAUUUGAUCAGGGCUGUCCGCAGAGCUGGGCAGAUUGUAACUUGGGUUAGCGACCCCAUGCAUGGGAACACUACUAAAGCUCCUUGUGGACUGAAAACUCGUUCCUUUGAUGCAAUUAGGGCUGAGGUGAGAGCAUUCUUUGAUGUGCAUGAUCAAGAAGGUAGCUAUCCUGGAGGAGUUCAUUUAGAGAUGACAGGGCAGAAUGUGACAGAAUGCGUUGGAGGCUCAAGAACUAUAACCUAUAAUGAUCUGAGUUCACGCUAUCACACCCAUUGUGAUCCAAGGCUUAAUGCUUCUCAAUCUCUAGAGCUUGCCUUCAUUAUUGGAGAGCGGCUAAGAAAAAGAAGGCUUGCAUCACGGCACCCUCUGGCCUCCAAUUGAUAGUAUAUUUUGUGGUGGUUUCCUUAUUAGUUUGCCUAGAGAUAAAGUUAAAUUGAGGGAAGAGGUUUUGAGGCUAAUCUAUGCAUGAGGAUUACAGCUAGUGAUAGUAUGGUUUAAGUAAGUUACAUUGUUGCUCUAAUAGUAUUUUGAAGCUUUGUUUCAGAAUUUGUUUGAGGAACAGGUAAUGGUAUGAUUGUGGGAUAUGUAAAUGGUAUUUCUCCGUGUAAAAUUGCUGCUUACAAGUCUGUAGAAUAUGUACAUGCUUAAAUUGCAAUUAUGUUUCUAGUCGACUUGGGUGCAUUUGAUGUGGGUUUGUAUAAUUGAAAUGUGUGACAAUUUUCUGGGGGUUAGAGCCUGGUAGAAUGGGUGUUUGAUUUGAAGAGGAGGAAUGAUGUUACAUUAA